AUGUUGUUGCCAAUACACAAAAGUGCUGCUUUCAUCGGAGCCAAGAAACGACCCAGCAAACUAAGCAGCUUAACAACACCACUGGAAGGCAAAGGGAAAAAAAUCUCCCGCAACAACCGCUGCCAUCUCCGUGGGGUUGUUCGACCUAUUGAAAAUACUCGCAUCGCUGGCAUUCGGGAGAUUGCAUCCAACAGAGCAUGGAUCAAACUGGCCAUAGCUUUCCUUGUCGUGAUAUGGAUCGGAUUGAAUUCAUAUAUGCUAUUCUACCAGGCAUUGCUGCAGCCGACGAGAAACGCUCAAAUCACUUGCCAAGAGGGCGAAUACUGUACAAAGAUGGGUGUUGCAUUUUCACCCAAUGGAUUUGCGAUACUCCACCCCCCAAAGGAGUUGGUUUCAUCGACUGUGAAUAACAAAGUUUCGGAGAGCCAUCAUAUUCCAGGAAUAUACAACGAACGGAACUGGUUUCAAAACCAAAAGCGACUCGAAAGACGGCGAAGAACUCGUCCGCCUUCAGGCAGAACCGCGACAACGCAGUUGUCAAUGGGUACAAUCCAAUCUCCAUGGAAAUCGCAUUCGUCGCCAUUUUUUCUGGAAGAUUCAGCGGUGGCGAAUGAGCGCUUCAAGUCCCUCGGACAGGAGGACUGGUCGUCAGCAUGUCACUCGGCUUCACUAAACAAGCACAGUGUCGUAUUAGUCACCGGUAUCGCCACGCACGCACUAGCCGCUGCUUUUGCCUUGCUGAUAUCCAAGCAAUGUCAUGUCGAAAGAAUUGUGGGGACGGACUCGCUCUUUCCCAAUCUGCAGCGGAAGCGUGCCCAACACGUUGACGCUUUGAAACCUCUUUUUCGAUUCAUUCCGAAAUUUCAAUUUGUUCCUACGUCGCAUGGUCUGGCAAAGACCGGCCCCGGGUGUGAAAACGAUAUCAGUUGGAUCCGAAAAGGUCAAAACAUCACGCAUUUGGUGCAUUUCGAAUCAAGUUUACCUGAGUUCGACUCGGAAAUUAUGUCAUCGUCAAAAUACAACGAAUAUGUUCGAGAACAAUCUGCGGUGACGCUACAGCAUAUACUUGAAACUGCCAAAGAGCUGCCAACCUAUGAUAGCGAUUCUACGUUGCCUACAGUAGUUCACGUUACGUCCGAGCAAGUCUCAAACGAGGAUCGAGACUCGGCUGCGUCUCCCAAUCUGGAGGCUUUUCAUGCAAUCUAUGCUUCAGCUUAUUCUAGCUUGACCAGAUUGUCUUUCACAAGCCUGCGACUUCCUCUUAUUUACGGACCUCUUGUAUCCACGCUUGAUGAUCCUCUCUUCCAAGAAGACACCAAUUUGAACACAAAUUCCUCGAAUAGCCAAUCAUAUUUGUUUGUGGAUAACGCAAUUUACGCCGUUUUACAAGCCAUGCAACCACAGCAACAUGGCUUUCGUACCAUGGCCGUUUCACCAUCGUCUAAAGCUUUGGUGAAGUUGUCCUUUCUUUGGACAGAAUUGCGGGCGGGGUCAAAGUUUGGUACAACCCACACUGAUCAUGUGCGGCAAUCCUUUGCUUGGAAAAUGCAGCAGUGGAGACCGUCGGGACGUGAGGUAUCAACUGACCGAGGACUUUACUCGCACCGGUUUUUGAAUACUUAUGGGCUCAAUCGCGAACUUUCCGUACCUUGUAUUUCACAAUGCCAUUCCCCUGCGCUUGCAGAAACAUGCGAUGGGUCGAUCUGGAGCACUAUCCAACGUGUGUCGACAGCUGCUACCGAAGGGUGUCUGUAUGUUGCUUAUUUUUUUGACUUGUCACGGAACUUGCUGCAGCUACCCCAAAAUUCGGAAGCCACGGGUUACAACCCAGAGCUCGGGGUUUGCCGUUUGGCUUUUGUGUCCGGGAAAAGUCCCGUUGUCCAGCAAAAGGCAGCAGAAGCCGUUUCCGUGAUUUUAGAGGGAAGAAUGCCAACUCAGAUCGAGCUACAGGACUACAACGGUAAAAUCAGUUCUGAUGGAUGGCGAAUCGUGUGGCUUGAAAAUGAUGAUGAAACGACAUUAAACGACGCCGAUAACGCUCUACCUAUUAUUUCCCCCAAACUGCUUUUUGCCGAGACUGUCGCCAAAGCUCUACAUGCUGGAUCAGCAGUCUUGAGUAAUUAUACCAAUAUGCAACUCUCCCGAAUAUUCACUUCUACCGAUGGGAGGUAUCUUGAGGCACGGGUUUCGGUUGAAAAUCGACGUGGAGCUAUUUGCUGCCCCCGUGAAAAACACUAUCCAGUGGAGCCAGCACGUAAAACAGUGUUUUUUGCCUCUGAAGCAGAACGAUACUUCGGAACAGCCAGGGAGUGGGAAUGGUCCAUUGCUGACCGCAACACGACACGUAUACCGCCGAGACAAAUGAUGUUUUACAAGGUAGCAGAAGUGCUGGCCCCGUCCCUCAAACGCAGACCGUUGUUGAAGUCAGAAUUCACCCAAUUCGAGAAGUUUCCUUACCAAUGGAUCAAUCUGCAAGAGCUUGUGCAUGAUUUGAAAAGUCCCGGGGCUCACGAUUUGCGAUGUGCUUGGUACGACGAGUUUUUAUACUGGGGUAGCAACCGUAAUGCUGAGGAGUUGUCCUUUGCUCAUUGGGUUGGCAUGAUGCGGCUUCGCGAGCGACUAGGACUUACGACCGUUCCACACUACAAGUUACCUAAUUUAUGGCAAACCUUUCUCGACAAGGAUGGAGAACUGGAGAGUGAACCUGACUUCUCGCAGGUUACCAUGAGAUUCGCCAAGGGACAUAUGAUACCGGCGGAGCACGAAUUCUCCUAA